UAAUAUUAUUUAAAACGUCAGAGUAGUCAGUGUAUUGUAUAAUUCCAAAUUUCUUGUUAUCACAUCGAGUAAAUGGGACGCAAAAACCACAAGACUAGAAGGAAAGUCAAAGUGCACUCGAAGAUCCAGCCUCCUCAGAAAAUCAAAGUGAAGCUGCCGAAAGAACAUAAACGCAGCACUCUUCGUCCCAAGAUUCAGAACUCGAAGGUUUUCCACGUUAACUGCUGCAAGUACAAGAUCCGUUCGAGGCCCAUGAGAUGCAAUCAGUGCAACCUGGCCACCCAGUGCCCCUCCCGCACGGUCGCUCUCGCCCCGUCUGUGCCGCUCCUGCAUCAUCCUGUCCGGCGAAAGGUGGUCCAUAUGCCGGAAACCGUUGUCAUGCAUAUGCGGAAUAUGGAGAACGCCCGCCGAGUGGCGGAUAUGCACAGAAGAACCCUUAUUCAAACAUAUGUUCCCUCGCCGGAUGAGGAUGAUGACGAAGAUACACACCAAAUCGAUCGGAGGUCAAGGCAAGUCUAUAGGAGAGACCGACAGAGACCCUUAUCCAGCCACUUGGAUGUGAAUGACAUGGACUUGGACCCGUUUCAGUAGGGAUGUGUGUUGGAAAUAUAGUUGCCAAUCCACAUAUCCCGUGAGACGAGGGAUUCCGUUGCCACUUCUAACUAGUUGCUUCGCCCCAUGGGCAUAUCGUGAUCAUCCAUAAAACCACGCCCCUCCGCCAGUCUCCCCGCCCACCCAAGCUGUCCAGGACAAUUAAUUUUGCCCCGGCUUGUCAGCUUAUUGUUUAUCUACAUAACUACGGAACACGAAGAGAACAGAGAACAGAGGACGACUGCCCUGAGCUGUCGUGUCAUUUAUUCAGCUGCUCCGACCGGGCUCGACUUUCGAUAUCCUUUGGGCCGCGGUGCAGUUGCCACACCAUUUAUGCCAUUAAGUCAUUAGCUUUGUUUAACAAAUAACAAACUGUCAAUGAGUGAUUAACGAUGUUUUUCGCAUGAACUGCAAUUAGCCGCCGCCGCCGCCACCGUGGACGUGGACUUCGUCGUUCGCCGCCCGACUUCUUUUCCCUGACAAAUGGGUGUGAUUUCGCUCCCGGCGGUGCUCCAGUGGAUCCGAGGUGCACUGCCUGGAUGUGGUUUGAUGUUGGUGGUGGUGGCGGGUGGAUGGUAGAUGGUGGGCUCACCGGGUGACAAGCACUCGUUAUUGAUGCGCCCCCAAGCUGCCGUCACUUGGCAAUUAUUGUGUAUUGUGCUCCGAGUCAACGGCAUUUGCCAUAGUCGUGGAACAGUCACACUCAUCGCAGUUUGCAUUUAUCAUUGAAGGGUAGUGCUGGCAUUUUAAGGAGCCAUUUUGGUAGCUAGCAAUCGAAAGUGUAUCACUUUCCAGCCGA